CGAGUUGCGAUAAUCCCGAAAAAAUAAUUUGUUGAAUUUUUCGUAAAAUACUAGUUUAUUUGCCUUCAUAGUUUUAUAAAAAGUUUAAGCAAUGGACUCGCUAAUGGAACCAACCCUGUACACGGUCAAGGGAAUGUGCAUCCUGGACAACGACGGCAACCGGAUACUGGCUAAAUACUAUGACAAAAAUGUAUUUCCCACCGUGAAGGAGCAGAAAGUCUACGAAAAAAAUCUAUUCAACAAGACGCAUAGGGCUAACGCGGAAAUCAUCAUGCUGGAUGGGCUGACCUGUGUGUACAAGAGUAACGUUGAUCUGUUCUUCUAUGUGAUGGGAAGCACGCACGAAAACGAACUGAUACUGCUAUCGGUGUUGAACUGCUUGUACGACACGGUCACGAUGAUCCUGAAGAAGAAUGUCGAGAAGCGAGCGGUGCUGGAGAAUCUGGAUGUCGUAAUGUUGGCGUUCGAUGAAAUCUGCGAUGGAGGAAUUAUCCUGGACGCCGAUCCCUCCUCGGUGGUAAAGCGGGUGGACCUGCGGAACGACGACAUCCCGAUCGGGGAGCAAACUGUUGCACAGGUCCUGCAGUCGGCUAGGGAGCAAUUGAAAUGGUCCUUGCUAAAGUAAAUCGUGUAGGACUACGGUGGGAUUUUUUCCAUUGAUACUAAAUAAGCUAACAUUCUUCUUUAGUCUUAC